CCUCCUCACAAGGCGCUCUUUAAGCUCCCGUGUUGCCACACAGAGCAGCCAUUCAUCGGCUCUACAGUCAGCCACACACACUCCCAUGUCGAACCACUGGACAUCUAAAUUGGUGUGACUGCUUUUGCCGAGGCGGACGGUGGAAAGGAUUUGGACACUUUAACGCAGCAAUAUGGCUCUACCUGAGAAGAGUCAGCAAUAACUGGGAUCGUCGAAGACUCCAACACAUCUUAUUCAAUUAAAACGAAUCAAUCACGCAGAAAAGUUUGGACUCUCUCUGAAACUAAUUUUACAUUCGCGGAUUGUCUUGUUGAAAGUUUAAAAAAAAAAAUGUCCGGCGAGGAGCACAGCCUGUCCGAGGCGGAACUGAGUCCCGGAGGUUCAGACGACGGUCACUCGCUGUCACCGACUCAACCCGGAGCGCCAACCCGCCAGGAUUCACCUCUGACCGGGCCGCCGCCGCAGCUCACCUCGCUCUGCGUCGCGGACGGCAGCGAGGAGGACGGAGGCGAAGCGGUCAAAUCGGAGAUAGAGGACGAUCGCUUCCCGAUCGGCAUCAGGGAGGCGGUCAGUCAGGUGCUGGAUGGAUACGACUGGACACUUGUACCAAUGCCGGUGCGCGUCAACAACGGAAACAAAGCCAAGCCCCACGUCAAGAGGCCCAUGAACGCCUUCAUGGUGUGGGCGCAGGCGGCGAGGAGGAAGCUGGCCGACCAGUACCCCCACCUGCACAACGCGGAGCUCAGCAAGACCCUUGGCAAACUGUGGAGGCUGCUGAACGAGAGUGACAAGAGGCCAUUCAUCGAGGAGGCGGAGAGGCUGAGGAAACAGCACAAGAAGGACUACCCGGAGUACAAGUACCAGCCCCGGAGACGUAAAAACGGAAAACUAGCUACUGCUAGCGAGUCCGACAGCCAGGGGGAAGGGGAGGCCAGCCACUCCCAGUCACACUACAAGACCCUGCACCUGGAGCACAAUGGCGGGGCUGGGUCUCCCCUGGGCGACCUGCACCACCACCACCAUCACCACCACCAUCCUGCUGGUCAAGGUCACAGCCCACCCACGCCCCCCACCACCCCGAAGACAGAGCUCCAGUCUGGGAAGCUGUCGGAUGCAAAGAGGGAGGGGGCAGCAGGAGCGGCCGGAGGAUCAGCGGGUCCCAGGGGAGCCCUCGGGGUGGGAGCUGAGGGGGCCUCCGGUGGCCCGUCCUCGUCGGGCGCCAAACCCCACAUCGAUUUCGGCACCAUGGACAUCGGCGAGAUCAGCCACGAGGUGAUGUCCAACAUCGAGCCAUUCGACGUGAACGAGUUCGACCAGUACCUUCCUCCGAAUGGCCACCCGCAGAGCGGAGCCGGGGUCGCUGCGGCCGGGGCCUCGGCCUCGUCUUACGCCUAUGCCCUGGCCGCUGCUAGCGGGCACUCGACGUGGCUCUCCAAGCAGCAGCAGCAGCCUCAAGCCUCCCCGUCCUCCUCCGACCCCUCCAAGGCGCAGAUCAAGAGCGAGUCUGCGGCUGGGGGCCACUACGCCGAGGCCUCGUCUUCUCCCUCCUCAGGCGCCCACGUCACCUACACCCCGCUCAGCCUCCCUCAUUACGGCUCCGCGUUCCCCUCGCUGGCCUCCAGGGCUCAGUUCGAGUACGGAGAGCACCAGGCCCCCGGGGCGUACUACGCCCACUCCGGCCAGGCCCCGGGGCUGUACUCAGCCUUCUCCUACAUGGGCCCUACACAGAGGCCUCUGUACACUACCAUAGGAGACCCCUCCAGCGUGGCCCCCUCUCACAGCCCCACGCACUGGGAGCAGCCUGUUUACACCACACUCACAAGACCUUGAGGGAGACCGGCUGAGCAGAGGGAAAUAUGGGAAGUGUGCGAGUGGAUUCGUGUGUCUGUGGGUGUACAAAUAUGUGAACGUGUGAUUGUGUGUGCGUGUGAGCGCCCGUGCCAUAUUGAUGUUAUAUUAGAGGUUUUUACUUUCUUUUUUUUCUAGCCAAUGAAAUGCAAGACGCAUCCACGGGGCCUUAGACAUUUAAAAUAAUAAAAUGAACAGCCACAAUAUAAAGUGUGAGUCAUGGGUCAAACUGCCAAUCAGAAAUCAAAUAAGCCUUAACAAACGUGUGCCAUCGUAAAUUGUAUAAGUCCGAAUGUACAGCAAGUUUGUAUACUGAGCGGAUGUUGCAUUGACGAGUAACUCUGAUUUGACCCAGAAACGACGGGUUUAGAUCGACAUAAUCAGAUUUUUAUUAACCAAACUAAAGCAGAAGUUGUUUUUUUUUCUUAAUGCUAUUGUGUUAUUUUAUAUGAGUAGUAAGUUUAUUGUCGUUGUUGAUAUCCUAGGGUGUAACCUUAUUGUGACUGAUUUGAUAAUUACACUAAUACAUCUGCACCACUGCUUUGGGAAAAGCAUGUUUUUGUUUUCAACAAGAUGUUCCCUGGAGUUUUUUUUCUUUUCUUCUUGUGGCCAGAAAAGGAUAGAUGCAACCUAUUUCUUUGUACAUAGCACACUCUGUGUUUCUAUCCUUUCAUUGCAUUGACUUCACUGAACUGAACAAUUAAGCAUUUAAGGGGAAAAAUAGGAAAAAGAGAGGGAAAGAGAUGUAUUUCAGCUUAACGCUCAGUCUUGGACACUUACCUCAACUCUGUUAAUUUUGUGCCAAUAGCAAAGGAGAAAUACAACACUGGAUACCUGUGCUAAUAAUGCUGAAGGUGUUCAAAAUUGCAGAGCAGUACACGUGUGCUUCCGUCUUCCUUUUUUCCCGCUUUUUAAGUUGAACAUUUUGCUGAUUCGCGUCUGAUUUUUCCAAUAACUGAGUUAAAAUCUAUAAGUGCAAAGUCUCGACCAAAUCUCUUCAGAUAAUUGGCCAGCUUUGGGUCCUACUUAAGGAUUAGAAUCACAUGUACGACCGCUCUGCACUGCAUGUAGGCCAAAAGCAUGUUUUCGUCUUUACAGUUUUUUUUCUUCUUCUUCUUCCCCACAUUGUGCCCAAACAGCCCUCUUCAGCAAUGUGAAUAAUGGGCACCUCUAUUACGUGACGCAUUCGUCAUCAUUUUAUACUGACCCUCUUACCAUGUAGUUAUUAUUUUUUUAUGUCAGUAAUAAUGCAUUGUGUGUCACCUCUUUGCUUUCUUCCAUUUUGUAUAAUUCUGGAUAGUUUUGUAAAGUGUUUGCUAUACAUUCACUUGAGUAUUUUUGCUUCCAUACAAGAAAAGCAAUGUCGAAAUUUUAUUGUUGUCAUCUAUUAAAUCAAUUUAUUUAUAAAAAAA